AUGCAAUAUUCAUUUCUCCCUUGCCUAUUCGUCGUUCUCAACAAUGCGUCCCCAGAAAUUCGGAGUUUCCAUCAUACUUUGAUAGUAUCAUUCUCUGCUCCCAUAGGUUCUCAUAUACUUCCAUAG